UUGCCAUGGACUUUCCACAUGGUAAUCACCCCAACACCUAUACCAGGUCCAGCAUGAAAGAGCCAAGAGGCUUUAGAUCUUUUAUUAAUUUUGGAAUCUUUCCCAAUUUUAGUUAUAUAGUUUCUCCGCUAUUAUCUUUUUGUUGUUUCUUUCUCCUUUCUAGCCGGGUGCUGGACUUAUAUCCUCUUUCAAUUUCGCGUUCAUCCUCAAAACUUCGAACAUCCAGAAUUGAAAAAGGUAGUCUCUCUCUCUCUCUCUCACAAUUUCGCGUUCUCCUCUUCAGAUCGUCUCACUCUUUCUUUCACUCUCUCAGUCCGUAUUUUGAGAUUUUUUUUUUUUUUAAUAUUAAAAUUUGGGAUUUUAGCAUUUCAAUGGGUGAGCUAAACAAAAUCACUCAGCAAGGUUUUCUUUUUUUAUUUUUUUGGGACUAAUUCGUGUUGUUACUUGGGCCUUUGGGCUUAUUUCAAUGUAAGUCCUCUCUCUCUCUCUCUCUUCGAAAUUAUUGAAUGAGAAGAAGAUGAACCAAAACUCUUCAGAAAGUCUUCCUACAAAGUAGAGCCCUUGUUUAUACACGCAGUUGACUUGACUAAAAGAUAACCAAACACAUAACCCAUCUCCACCAUUUUUAUUUGAGUUUGAAUUUGAGUUAUCUACAAAACGUACCCAGCCGAAUUCAGAGAUUUAAUUAUAUAUAUUGAGUUUUAGAAAAUAUAACGAACGGUGAGACUUCAACGGCGUUCAUCGAUGGCGUUACUGGCUUCGUCACAGCGAGUAGCAGGGUGAUGUAAGUUUGGCUGGAGUGAGUUUAUUUGCUUAACUUUGUGAAUCUUCAGUUCAACUGGGCGUUCUCAUAAAUUAACCCAAAAAAAAAGAUCUACAUAUAUAGUGAUUCAAUAUUUAGUAGUAGUGUGUUUGCAAUGGCUAUAAUGGGAAUGGAAACUGCCUCAUCAUCUUUCCCAAGUUCUACUACUGGGCGAUGGAAGUAUGAUGUUUUCCUCAGCUUUAGAGGCGAGGACAUCCGAAACAAUUUUAUGGAUCAUCUAUUUACUGCUUUGACAAAGAAAGGCAUAAACACUUUUAAAGAUGAUGAAAAACUUAAGAAAGGAAAAUCCAUCUCACUAGAGCUGUUGAAAGCAAUAGAAGAAUCAAGAUUUGCUAUCGUUAUUCUCUCAAAAGACUACACUUCUUCUACUUGGUGCCUAGAUGAACUUGCAAAUAUCAUUGCUUGCAAGAAAGAUAUUAAAAUGGCAGUUUUACCUGUUUUUCACUAUGUUGAUCCAUCUGAUGUAUGAAAACAAAUGGGAACUCUUGCACAAGCAUUUGUUAAACAUGAAGAAAAGGAGGAAAAAACAAGGGUGGAUAAAUGGAGAGAUGCUUUGAGACAAGUGGGCAACCUCGCCGGAUGGCAUUUAAAGGAUACUAGACCUGAGUCACUAGAUAUCCAAGAAAUAGUAGAAUGGAUAUCGCUCAACUUGAAAUAUGAUGCAUUCCCAUAUAUUACCAAAGACCUAGAAGGAAUAUACUCUCGACUAGUGGAAUUGGAGUCAUGCUUAGCUCUAGGUCCAAAAGAUGUCCGUUUUAUAGGGAUUUGGGCGAUGGGAGGGAUGGGUAAGACAACUCUUGCUAGAGUUGUUUAUCAUAUGGUUUCUAAAGAAUUUGAAACUCGUGGUUUUAUUGAGGAUGUUAGGGAAAAGUUUGAAAAAUAUGGUCUUGUUCCACUACAACAGAAAAUUAUUGAUGAAGUUUUGAAGGAAAAGAAUUUGAAAAUAGAAGAGGAGUAUGAUGGAGUUCUUAAGAUCAAGAAUAGGUUAUGUCGUAAAAGGAUUCUUCUUGUUCUUGAUGACAUAGAUAAGAUGAAACAGUUAAAAAUGUUAGCUGGGGAGCAUGAUUGGUUUGGUUCUGGUAGUAGAAUUAUCAUAACAACAAGAGAUGCGCAUUUGUUGGAGGCACAUCAAGUAGAUGAAAUAUAUGAAGUUAAAGGAUUGAAUGAUGAAAAUGCUCUCCAACUUUUUUCCUCGAAAGCCUUUAAAAAAAAGCAUGUCCUUGAUGAUUAUAGAGAGUUGUCUAACCAAUUUUUGAAUUAUGCUGCUGGCCUUCCUUUAGCUCGAGGUUUUGGGUUCCUUUUUAUUUGGAAAAAGUUUUGUUGAAUGGACAAUUGCAUUAGAGAGACUCCAAGAAUUUCCAGAUGAAGCAAUUCUCGAAGUACUUAAAAUAAGUUUUAAUAGACUCCAAAAACCACAAAAGGAAAUAUUCUUGCAUAUUGCAUGUUUUUUUAAUAAUCAGAAGAAAGAUUAUGUAUUAGAAAUACUAGAUAUUCUUGGCCUUUACCCUAUUAUUGGAUUGAAGGAACUCACUGAUAAGUCUCUUUGAAAAUUAUGGAUAAUGAUAUAGUGUGGAUGCAUGACUUACUUGAAGAAAUGGGUAGGAACAUAGUUCGCCAAGAGUGCCUUGAUGAUCCUGGGAAGCGUAGUAGAUUGUGGGAUUACGAGGACAUUGACAAAGUGUUAAAAAAAAAUAAGGGGACAGAAGCACUUAAAGCCAUGGAUAUUGUGAGUACUUAUAAUGAACAGCAAGUUGUAUGUUGGAACCCUGAGGCCUUUUUGAAGAUGGACAAUCUUAAAUUUCUUAGAAUUUAUGGUAUUCUUCACGUCCCCACACACCUUCCUAAUGAUUUAAGAAUUCUUGAUUGGAUUUUGUAUCCAUCAAAAUAUUUGCAAUCAAGUUUCCAGCUAGUUGAGCUUAUUCAACUUUGUUUGCAACAAAGCAAAAUUGAACAACUUUGGAGAGGAAUUAAGAAUUUUGACAAGUUGAAGUUCAUUGACUUGACCGACUCCUCAGACCUGAUUGUAACUCCAAACUUCACUAGAGCCCCAAAUCUUGAUAAAUUAGUUCUUGUAAGGUGUACAAAUUUACGCAAAUUUCACCCAUCCAUAAGAAUUCUUAAAAAACUUAUUCAUCUUAAUUUACAAGAUUGCGAAAGACUAAUUCAUCUUCCAAGAAAGUUUGGAAUGGAGUCUCCUGUGACUCUUAAACUUUCUAAUUGCUCAAAAUGCAAGGAAAAUCCAAAAUUUGUGGUAAACAAGGAAUUCUUACAGGAGAUUUCUUUGGAUCGCACUGCUGUUGUGGAACUAAUUAAAAACUUGCCAGAGAACCUAUGGAUAGUCAAAGGCCUAGAGGUGCUUGAAUUGAGCAAAGCAGAUAUAGAAGAGCUGCCUUCAUCAAUUGAACGUUUGAUUAACCUUACUUCAUUAACGCUAAGAUAUUGCAUGAAUCUUGUGCGCCUUCCUAACGCCAUUUGUAGUUUGAAGUUGCUUAAUUCUAUUGAUCUUUUUGGAUGCUUAAAAAUUGGUAACUUGCCAAAGAAUAUAGGAAAUGUAAAAGGUUUGGAGCUGCUAAAUUUGUGUUGGACAGCCAUAAAAGAGGUUCCUUCCUCCAUUGUUCUCCUUAAAAAUCUGAAACAUCUUUAUAUUUGUAGAUUUUCUAAAUUUUAUUCCCUCCCAACAAGUCUUGAGCUAAUGCGCUUAGCAUUGCCUUCAUUAAUUUCAGCAAGUCAUUUGAAGGCCAUGAUAUUGCAUCAGAGGAGCUUAGAAUAUGUUUCCGUGCAAUUUCCUCAACCAUUAUUGCCUUCCUUAUCAGGUCUUCAAUCUUUAACAUAUUUGCAUCUUAGUGACUGCAAUCUUUUGUCAAUCCCCAAUGACAUUGGCUGCUUGUCCUCUUUAGAGCACUUAAAUCUAAGUGGAAAUUAUUUUGUUUGCCUUCCUGAAAGCAUGUCUCAACUCUCUAAUCUUCGAAGACUCCAUUUGGAGUGUUGCAGAAGGCUUCAAUCAUUGGAAAAUGUUCCUUUAACUAUUGAUUUUGUAAUUGCAAACCAUUGUAAAUCACUAAAGAGAUUGCCAGAAUUGCAAUUUUAUCCUUUUAUGUCAGAUCAAUCCCAGUUGAAUUUCCAGUGUGUUAACUGCUUCGAAUUGGCUGACUAUAUUCAAUGUAGCGAUAACAUACUUCAGGUCUCUCUCUCGCUCUCUCUCUCUCUCUCAUCUGCACAUUAAUUAUGCUUUGUAUAUUUCAAGGACAAUGUGGUAGACUACCAGAUAUCUUUGACAUUAUUAUUCCUGGAAGUGAAAUUCCAAAAUGGUUUAUCGAUGAAUUUGUGGGUCAUGAAUUGAAGGUACAAGUGCCUUAUGGCUGUGAUGAGCUAAUGGGAAUUGAAUUGUGCGUUGUUUUUUCAGUCCCAAAGGUUUCUCAUCCCUUUACAGAUUUUCUACUUACAUGUUGGAUUAAAGUCAAUGGAUUUGAAUGGGCAUCACCAAUACGCUCUUCUUUUAGGACAAAAUAUGGUAAAGUUAUAUCACCUAACCUUUGGCUGCUCUAUUUGUCUCCUCACUAUUUCAACUCCUAAUGGGGAAAAAAUUUUCAUCAAAUUGAUGCAAAUGGACCCAAUAAAAUUGCGAUUAGAAUAAGUACUUCAAAUAACUUGGAGGUGGUGAAAAUUGGGAUGCAUUUAGUAUACAAACAGUGUCUCUGUGAGGAUCUGGGUGUAAUCCAUCUUGAUAUUAAUGAUUCAGCCUCCAAAGGCACCCGAAAUAAGUGAAGCUGUGAUGAGGGUGAUAGGGCUGGACCCUGUGGAGAAGGCUAUUGUAAUGACAAACCACUUCCUAAGGCUAUUAGAGAAUUUAUUGACUUCUUUUCCGGAGGAGAAUCUUGAAGCCCAUUGCGGUGGUAAUUAAGAGGGAUAGAAACCAAAGGCACGCUGAAGAAUUAGCAAACCUGGGCUCUUGCUGAAGUUGUCAAGGACUCAAAAUGUUUGAUGUUUACUGUUCUCAGAUUAUGGCGUAACUGUUUCUCCAGUACUUAGGGAAUGCCCAUUUGAUGAUGCCUUUUGUAGAUUUUGUGGAAAUGACAAUGUUAAAGUUGGGUUCACCUGAGCUUGAGAUCAGUUUUACCAUGGCCUAGCUACUGUGGCAUAAUCUUGACGAAAUUGGGCUAAGAGAAACUGCAAGUUCUGUCGAGACUUUGUGCAGCACCAUGGUGGAAUGUUAUUGAUGAAUCAAGCUGUUACAUUUAGAGCAUUCACAUCAGCUCAU